AUGUCAAUACGACGUGAAUUAGGGAAGUCACAGAGCGUGAUCUUAUUUAAACGUUCCACCUCUGUGCGAAUAAAUGCGUAUAAAAUGUUUUUGAAUUACAUCAACAAUGGGCAAUAUCAAGUGACGAACUUUUUUAAUGAUCUUACGAAUGGAUUGUCCUUGAUUCUUUUUAUGGAAACACUAUCACGGAAUCAUAUGAAGCGAUAUAACAAGACACCAAAGUGUUUGAUGCAUUACAAAGACAAUUUAGAAGGAGUCUUGAAAUUUAUGCGAGAGAAUGGGAUUUUAGACAAUAUAGUCUCACAAGACAUAUUCGAUAAAAAUGAGAAGACCAUUUUGAUGGUCUUUAAGUCGAUCAUCAAACGAUUUUGGUUCAAAGGUGUCGAAUUGAAACCAAAGAACUUUAAUGUGUGGCUUCAACGUGUUUUUCAUAAGGAAGUCAAUGCCUCAAAUGAAUGGAAUACUCUUGUCUUUUGGGAAACUAUAAUGAACUAUUUGAAACCUAAUUCAAUUAAUAAAGAAAAUUUGCAUGAAAAUUUGAAGGAGAAUUUGAAUUAUAUUUUGAACGUCGCAAAUAAAGAACUCAAAAUCCCUCUUAUUAUUGAUGGACAAGUAAUUGUCGAUGGAAUUAUAGAAGAAGAUAUUAUUGCUCUUUAUUUAGUCUUUUUUGCAUUGGCAGAUAACACUUUGUCCGAAGAUGACGGAAUUUUAUUUUUGAGAAAAGAUCCCCCUCAAUUUAGUACCUUUGACGCAGACCGUGGAUCGGAGACGCCAAAACGAAAAAGUGUCUCUUUGAGUAAAAGCACAAUCGUCUCCUCUUCAAAAUCAACAAGUUCUUUGGGACUCACUGCUGAGGUGAUUGAAAAAAGCGAAAAAAAAACAGAAACGCCAAAGAAAGAGGUAAAAAACACUGAGAUGGAGGAACUUAAGAAAAAACUCAAAGAAAGUGAGGAAAGGUGCAAAAAACUCGAAAACGAAAAAGAAAAAACGGAAAAAGAAAGAAAAAAUACAGAAGAACAGAAAAAUAAGGAAAAAGAAGAUAACUCAAAAAAUCUGGAGAAGAUCAAAAAACUGGAGGAACUAGUCAAGGACUUGAACAAACAAAAUGAGGAAAUUGAAAAAGUGCGAGCUGAAAAACAGAAAGUGGAAAAGGAACUUGAAAAUAUAAAUACAGAGCUGAAUGAUGUGAAGGAAAAAAUGAAAGACAUUGAACAAAAUAAAAAAAUUGAGAUUGAGCAAUGUCGGAAAGAGAAAGACGAUUUAUCAAAACAAGUUAAAGAAAAUUCGACUAAAAUUGCAGAACUUGAAAAUGUGAAAACCGAAACGGAAAAAGAACUAAAAAAUAAAAAUAAAGAACUGAAUGAUGUUAAUGAUAAAAUAAAAGAUAUGAAUGAAAAUCAUGAAAAUGAAAUAGAGAAGAACAAUAAAGAGAAAGAAGAUGCACAAAAGAAAGUCGAAGAAUUGACAACAAAGAAUGCAGAACUCGAGAAAUUUAAAAUGAAAAAUGAACAAUUGGAAAAGGAACUCAAUGAUAAAACAAUACAACUUAAUGACGUGAACGAUAAAAUGAAAGAUUUUGAACAAAAUAAAAAAACCGAGAUUGAGAAGUGCCAGAACGAAAACAACGACCUUGAAAAGAAAUUGGCUGAACAAGCUUCUAAAAUUAUUGAAAUGGAAAAGCAAUAUAAAGAAACGAUGGAAAAGAACCAAACAACUCAAGCAGCCCGAGAAAAGGAAUUUUUGGAACAAAACGAAAAGGUUAAAAAACUCGAAGAGGAAAAUUCUCAAAACCAAAAUGUUUUUGACAAAAAAACUCAAGAACUUGAAAAUGUGAUUCAAAUCAAGGAAGAGGAAAAGCAAAAACUGAAGAACGACUGUGAAACUUUGCAAAUACAACUAACUGAAGAACAAAAACUUCAAAAAUCUGGAAAUGAUGAGAUUGAGAAAUUGAAAAACGAAAAAGACGAUUUAUCGAAACAAGUUAAAGAAGUGAUAGCAAAGAAUGCAGAACUUGAAAAUAAAAAUACAGAGCUGAAUGAUGUGAACGAUAAAAUAAAAGAUGUUGAACAAAAACUAAAAACCGAGAUUGAGAAGUUGAGAAAUGAAAAAGAAGAUACAGAAAAGAAAGUCGAAGAGAUGACAACAAAGAAUGCAGAACUCGAAAACAUGAAAACCGAAACGGAAAAAGAACUAAAAAAUAAAAAUAAAGAAUUGAAUGAUGUGAAUGAUAAAAUGAAAGAAAUGAAUGAAAAUCACAAAAACGAGAUUGAGCAAUGUCAGAAAAUGAACGAAGAAUUGACAUUCAAGAUUGAAGAAAGCGAAAAAGAGCGCAAUGAAAAGGACAGAAAAAGAGAAGAGGAGAUUGCGACAUAUAAAAAGGAGGAAUCUGAACUGAGAAAACAAGUUGAAGAAGCCAAAAGUGUGAAUCAGAGUUUAGUGGAACAGAAUGAGUUGCUCAAAAUCCAAAUGAAAGAGCUUCAGAAGGCUAAAGAGGAUAUGGACUUGAAGAUGAUACAGAACGAAAAUGUGUAUAAAGGAGAGAUCGACGGGUUGAAUAAAGAACUUGAGGACUUGAAUACGAACUAUCAGAUGUUGAUGCAAGACAACAUGAGAGGGAACACUGACUUAGAGAACAAAAUCAAUGAAAUGAAUGAACUUGUAAAAACGAAUGAAGAGAAGAACAAAGUGAAGGAUGAGGAAAUUAAAAAACAGAAAGAAGACAACAAAAAAAUGCAAACCAACGAAGAAGAGAUGAAUAAGAAGAUGAAAGAGCUUGUUGAGAAAAUGAAUAAAAACGAAGACAAGACAAAGGAGAUGGAAAGUCAAGUGAAAGAGAAGGAACUUGCUGCGAAAAUACUUAAUGAACAAACACAGGAAAUGCAAAAUCAGAUAUCUGAGACGGUAAGACAAUUAGAAAAUAUCAAGAGUAAGGCAUUGGAGGAGAGCGAAAGGCUUGAAAAUGCAGUUGUUGAUGCAAAAUUGAUGAUGAGAGCAAACAUUGAACAAAACAACACCAAAAACGAAGAGAAGAUGAAAGAAAAGGAACACGAGAUUGAUGAAUUGAGAAAAGAAAUGGAAACUCGAGAAAAAGAGAACACCGAGUUGAGUGCGAAUUUGGAAAAAAUGAAAACACAGAUGGGAGAAAAUACGAAAAAGAGCAACAAAAUAGCGGAGGGUCUGGAACUUAAAAUAGAGGAUUUGGAGAAUGCUCUCAAACAGAGUGAAAAAACGAUCAAGCAGAAGAACGAAACCAUUGAAAAAUUAAAGGAAAGUGUGGAAAAGAUGGAAACUGAAGUCAAAACAAUGAAAGAUGCGGAGUUGUUACUGAAAGCCGAAAUUGACAAACGCGAACAAGAAAAUGCUACGUUACAAGGCGAGAAUGAACGCAUCGAAAAGGAUACAAAGGUAUUGGAAGGCAAGAUAUGUUUGUUGGAGAAAGAAAAUGAAAAUCUAAAAACAGAGAGCGAGAGCAUCAGAGAGAAACAACUGGAAAGCGAAAGACAGAGCGAAAAAGAAGUUUUGGAAAUGAAACAACAAAUAGAACAGAUGGAAAAAGAAAACCAAACACAGAAAGACACAAUCGCUUUGUUGGAAGUUGAGAAAACACACAACUUGAAAAUAGUCGAAGAAGCGAACGCAAGAGAAAAGGAAUUGAAAAUACAAAUUGAAGAAACUGAAAAACUCAAAACAGAAGCUAACGAUAAAGCAGGUGAAGAGACAAGGAAACGAAAAGAAGCUGAAAAACAAAACGAAAUAUUAAAACUACUUGUGGAUGAAAAAGAGAAGCGGAUCAACGAAAAGGACGAAGAAAUUGAACGUGCAAAAACCGAACAACGCCAAAAGGAGGAGUUGCACAAACAAAUUGAAGAACAGAACAAUAAGGAAAUAACAAGGCUGCAAGGCGAGUUUGCUGAUCUCCAGCAAUUGAGGAACGCUGAAAUAGUUCAAAACGAAGAAAAACGCAGAGUUGAUGAAAAAGAAGGAGAAAAUGAAAAUAAUGAUGAAAAAGAAAAAGAAAAGAAGAGAAUUGAGGAGUUUGACAAGCGCAUGGAACGUUUAGAGAAGAUGAUUUCUGAUUUUGAGAAAGUCAAUGAGAAAGCGAAAGGAGAGAUGGAGGGGAGUUGCAACAAGUCGAAAGAUGAGAUCAUUGCGAGUGUUGGAGAGGCCGAAAAGCGAAUGAAGGAACUCAAGGAUUUGAUGAAAGAACGCAGUAAAGUGGAAAUGAGAAAAAGCACAAAGGGAGAAGACAAAGAGAAGAAGGAAGAGAAAACGCAGAUGGAAGAGUUGAUGACAACCCACAAAAAGGAGAUGGAUAGUGUUUACAGCAGUACUAAAACAGCAAUGCUUGCUGCUGUUGGUGUUGCUAUUGUAUCGCUUGCUAUCCAUUUUUUCUGA